CAUCGUCCAUCUCUGGUGGCGAAUUCAUGCGCCGGAUGCUGUUGCACACCGACUGUGGCGGAGCCGCGUCGAGAUGCGCACGGCUUUGCUCACAGCUUGUCCAUGAGUCUGCACAAUCUGGGUGACGCGAAUUUAGAAGCGAGGCUAUGGCGUAGUGAGCAGGAGGCGGAGGCUCUGGUAAGAGUGUGUGGGUUACGUGUUUGGAGAUGUAGAUGGGGAGGAAACGGUGUUUUGGGUGGUGAUUUUGAACCAGGCUAGUUGGCGUUGUCGAUUUGGGGAAGGGUAGUUGAUGCCGCUAGGCGGCGAAGGGGACGCGUAGGAGCAUAGGCACAAUCGUGGUCCUCCAUCGCGAAAGAGAUCGUCUUCGUCGAACACGCCCCCGCACGUACCGUUCGGCUCUGGGCACCGUGAUUCGGCGCGAUCUGUCCCUCAGCCUUUGUUGCAGCACGCGCGCUCGGAAACGUCGGCUCAAGUGCCGAACCCGAAUUCUCAUGCUCGUGCACAUCGGGGGCACAAGCACUUGGAGCACCAAGUUAGUGCAGGAGGGUUUCCAGCUGCUUAUGGUGACGCAGGGUUAGGAGGUUCAGGGUCGCGGACAGAUCAGUUAUUGCCGACGAUUCCAAUGGGUCCUCCUGCUGGGUCGGGCGAGAGCUUGUUGCCCAGCUUUUCGAUCCCCUCGCAGUAUGCAGGUCCGCACGGUCCUCCGAUGUUCAAUAGCCCACCUCGGCCUCCACAGCCUGAUUAUCAUGUGCAGCAGCCCCGAGUGCCUCCCAAUUUCGCAGAGAUUCCAUUAGCUCCUCAUUCACCAGCACAGCUGGCAGAUCACGGGCUUUCUGGCUUAUCAGGGGUUGGCAUACAUGGAGUGACGGAAGAGGAUUUCGAUGCAUAUUGCUUAUCUGCCUCCGCACCCUUCUUGUUGUUUUCAGCUCAAAAGGUAUUUAAUGAGAGGAAGCCCAUGAACACUGCCAGCUUGGGAUUUGGAGCUCUGGUCUGUCCAGGAAGAGAAAUAGAGCCAAGCCUGCCCGUUAUUGUGCAUGAGCCCUACCGCUGUCAAAAUUGUGGAGCGUAUGUCAAUCAACACUGCACCAUUGCACCAAGAACUGGAUUCUGGAGCUGCACGUUUUGCAACAAAUCUAACGAGAGCAACGGAGAGUACAGGGCUCCUAGAGUUGAAGAUUUACGUAAUUGGCCAGAGCUUGCGACGAGCGUGGUCAAUUAUGUCGAUUCAGGGACUCGACGUCCUGGGUUCGUAUCAGUGUCUGACUCAAGUAUGACUGCGCCAAUCAUGCUCCUAAUCGACGACAGCUUAGAUGUAGAACAUUUGACGCAGUUGCAAGGGUCAUUACAUACGUUCUUAGAUUCCCUUUCUCCUGCAACACGGAUCGGGAUUGUUACUUACGGACGGACCGUAUCUGUCUUCGAUCUGUCAGAAUCGACUGUAGCUGCAGCAGAUGUACUACCUGGUGAUUCUAGCUUAAGCCACGAACUCAAGCAGAUGCUUAUAUAUGGGACAGGAGUGUAUCUUGCUCCUAUUCAUGUGUGUCUUUCUGAAGCUCGUAGCAUCGUAUCUGCUCUACGUCCAUAUCGAGGUUGUUUGCCUGAGGCAAAAAGGGAGCGAUGUCUAGGAACAGCUGUUGAGGUGGUGUUGGCCCUGAUUCAAGGUCCAGCAACAGAGCUUCCAGUGAACACAUCCAAGCGCUCUGGUGGAAGAAGCCGGGUGCUGGUCUGCGUUGGUGGACCAACUACGUUGGGUCCUGGAUCGCUUCCUUGCUCUACCACCCACAUGAAUUAUGCAUAUAUGGAGGAGAAUGCAAUCAAACACAUGGGGUAUCUCGGUCAGGAAGCUCGACGUUUAGACAUAGCAUUAGAUAUUUUAUGUGCCGGAACAUGUCCCGUUCGGAUUCCUACUUUACAGCCAUUAGCAAGUGCCUCGGGCGGUCUGUUGGUUUUGCAUGAUGAUUUUGGAGAGGUCUAUUGCACCAACUUGCAACGUGCAGUUCGGCGCUCCACAGGUUUCGGAGGGUUGUUGGAGAUUCGCUGUUCUGACGAUGUUGUCGUGACUCGCGUAAUAGGACCAGGAGAAGAGCCUCGUGGCGAUUCCGGUGUAGGACAGUUUAGAAACGAUACAUCCACAGCUGUGCGCUUACUUAGUGUCGAAGAUUGUCAAGCAUUUGCUAUCACAAUGGAAUUGGAAGAUGACAUAGAAGAAAGUCAUGUAUACUUCCAAAUUGUUGCAAGAUAUACCAGUGUGCAUCAAGCAGAAGUGACUAGAGUAGUGACAGUGCGCUUGCCAACGACAGAUAGUAUAUCGGAUUACUUGCAUAGUGUGGAUGAUGAGGUGGCUGCAGUUCUAAUAGCAAAGAGAACUGUGUUGGAAGCGAAGACUACUCGAGAUGUUGCUGACAUGCGAGCUUCUGUAGAUGAGAGAGUUAAAGACAUUGCUGCGAAGUUUGGGAGCUAUAUUGCGAAGUCCAAGCUACGAGCUUUUCCUUCAAGUCUUUCAAGGUUGCCAGAACUCUUGUUUCAUUUGAAGCGUGGCCCUUUAUUGGGCAGCAUCAUAGGACAUGAAGAUGAGAGAGCUGUUUACAGGAAUCUCUACCUGCAGGCUGGCUUCGAUUUGUCAUUGCGUAUGAUGGCUCCAAGGUUGCUUAUGCAUCGGGAGGCAGGCACCUUCGAGGAGUUACCUGCUCAUGAUGUGGCCAUGCAGUCGGACGCUGUGAUUGUCUUAGAUCAUGGCAUUGAUGUCUUCAUCUGGACGGGUUUGAGAGUUGUGGCGGAUGAAGCUAGGAAUGCAGAAGCACAAGCAGCUUGUCACAUUCUUGCCCAAGAACUCACAGAGCAGCGUUUUCCAGCUCCUCGGAUGCUUUCGUUUAAGGAGGCAAGUUCUCAAGCCCGGUACUUGCAGUCAAGAUUAAUACCAGCACACAAAGAUCCUCCUUAUGAACAGGAGGCUAGGUUCCCCCAGUUACGGGUUCUCACGGUGGAGCAAAGAGCACGAUUGAAGAGCAGUUUCGUGCCCACUGAUGACCUGAGCUUCUGCGAGUGGAUGCGAAGUCUGAAGCUCAAUGUUUAGUGAACCCAUGCAUUAUAUUCCCUUUUUUGAUUGAACUGUAUAAAUGACAAAUUCAUUCAUCUCAUAUUUACCCGAUAUUCUUAUUCCGAAAGGACAUGCUGUUACAAGCUUUCAUUGACUUGUUAAAUUCACAUGAGCUACGUCCAUGUUCUGGUGAUUGGCACACGUUGAUUAGGCUACAAGCCAAAUAAAACAGGCCAUGGGUCUUGAAAACA